AUGGCCCUCAGCGCAAGCGACGAGGCUGAAGCAAAGCCUUCUACCCCCACUUUACCCUCCCCUUCUAUUCCCGCCACCUCUUCUCAAUCUCCGACAUGCCGACCAAUUCUCGUAUAUACACGUUCCCAGUUGCUCCAUCUCCAAGCCUCUCCUCUUGUAAAACCGCCAACCUCUAUGCCGGAACUCAAGCAUUGGUUUGGUGACCAUGAACCUAGCCAAAACAAAAAGGACUCUGAGCCGUCAACUCCGAACGGCACCAGAGAGCGACGAUUCAGGAGAGACGCUGAAGAUGGUGAAGCAUCAUCGCGACCCUCAUUUCGCUCUACCCUUUCACAACCAUCACAAAUGGGCAACUUCAAGCACCAGUCUUUACGCGACCGGGAGCGGGAUAGAGACGCUGACAAGGAGCGCGAACGAGACCUUCGGGAUAAGGAAGGGCAAGAAAGGCUUAGAAAUCUUUCCGACAAGUAUGACCGUGACAGGCUGGCUGCACCUGGCGGACGAAACAAAGAGAGAGAUAUUGCUCCUCAUCUCAGCGUUGAAGCCGCUACUCGUGGUUCCACUCAAUUGACAACCGCUCCACGCAGGGGAGAACGAGAACCUCGCGAAGGCACAAAGAAGAAGGUAGGGGAAAGUAAUGAGGAUUGGCGAAGAGUCGGCAAUAGUCGAGCUAAUCGGGAUGACGGUGAAACAGGUCGACCUCGAGCCCGCGACGGUUCUCGUUCCAGGAGAGACCAUUCUUCCAGCCGACGCGAGCGUGACCGGGAUGAUGACAAGGAAGACCAUCGCAGGACACGUGACGACCGACGAAGAGACGAGCAUCGUCGAGAGCGUGAUCGAGAUGCAGACAAAGAGGAAGAAGUGGACGAUCCUCGAAGGUGGAGGGAUGAUGGGAAACGUGAUGAGCGGAUGGCGGCUCGCCGUGCCGCUGAUCGCCAUGACAAAGCAUCACAGGAGAAUGGCGACAAUCCAGCAGACCGACGCUGGACAGUCGUCGAAGAACGUGAAGCCCGAACGAAGCGAAAUCACCGUGAUCGUCGAGCAGGUGGCGCGGAUGAAGCCAAAGACAAAGAGCGGGAGAAAGACAAAGAGCCCGCUUGGAUGGACACUUAUAUUCCCGAAUCAUCUGGCUCGACUGGUAUCCUUGGCGGAAAAGCCCCCAACGGUGAACUUGAUGGCAUCCAAGCAUGGAAGAAAGGAAUAAAAGAGAAAGAAAAGGCAGCGGCCAGCGCCCCGACACCCAAGAAGCAAUCGGCAGAGCCAGUCGAGAAGCCCAUGGAUGAAAUUCAACUUUUCCGUAUGAUGAUGAAGCGAGAGGAAGAGAAAAAACUUGCAGAAGGCUCUUCACCUGACCCAAGCGCCGCUCCCAAAGAGGUUGUAGCACCUCCUCCCGGAAUACCCAACAAACCAUCUCAAUUUUCUAAUCCUAUCUUAUCAGCACAACUCGCAAAACCACCCGAUGGUGUUGCUGGACCGUCUGCAUCACCAUCAAUAACUUUACCUCCCGCACAUGACCCGAAUUCCCUAUUAUCUAUCUUGGGAAAGGCUGAGCAAGUUACACGAACCUCACCGCUUAUCAACCCGAGUCCCAAUGUUGAUUUGGCUGCUGACCCACCCCCUGCAUCGUCACGAUUCUUCCCCAACCCCAUCAAUUCCCAAAACUCUACGAUACCCAACUCACCUGCUACCGACCCACCACAGUUUAAUCCUCCAGCAGGCUCCCGCGUUUUAGCGUUUGGGACAAGGUCUGCAGGGAAGCCGGCGAACUUCAAUGGCUUAGCUCAGCCGGAGCCUACUUCUUCGGCUCUGGCCAGUGCCUCCAUAUUGUCCAACGAGCUAUCACUCAACCAGCCUUCUGUCAAAACGGGGCCACACCGGAGUGGAUUCUCGCCGUUCGAUGACCCGACUGGGUCCAGCGAACCUCUUCGACGAACGAGCUAUGGCCUAGUUGCCGAGCCAUUUUCUGAUCGCUUCGCGAAAUACUUCGACAGUAAGAACAGGGAGCCGCCAGUCACCCAGAGCCCAGUUGGAUUUACCUCUCCAUCACCAAAUCAGAGUCAGAGAGAUGUCAAUGUUGGUUAUAAUCCGAUGGAGCAUCGGGUCAUGGACGGUUUACUUUCGAAGCUAAACAGCUCAGCUCAGAUCCAACGACCGAAUAUCCUGAACUCGGCGCCAUCUCCCGGUUUUAGUCAGCAAGCACAACAGCACAACUUGCAAAUGCUUCAGCAGCAACAGCAAAUGCAGAUGAAUAGCCGGUUAGAUUCGCUAUACGAUAGCCGUGUAGAGUUUGUGCCUGAUGGUAUGGUUCCCGGAUUACGGUCUGCGCCACCGCCUCGCAGUCGGGACAACGGCAUGUAUUCUGAUUCCCUCGAGGAUACCCUGCACUUUAGUCAACCUCGUCUACAACCACAACCACAGCCACAUCGACUUGACCCAAUGUAUAACCCCGUUUACGGGGGACGAAAUACGGGAAUUCCCAUCCAACCUCAAUACCGAGGCGCGCCAUCACCCAUAUCGCAGCAAAGGUUACCUCCUGGCCUGGCUAAUCUCGGCGGUCGGCCGCCACUCGAGAGCUCUCAGUUCAUGGGAAUGCCCCCGCAACAACAGUUCGCCAACAAUUUCGCUGUCAACAGUUAUGGCCAGCCGCAGAUGCGACCAGUACCGCCUCAACAUCAGCUCGCCAAUCUUGGGCAUGGGAAUCCAGCUUUGUUGGGUCUUGGCGGCAUACGUGGUGGUGGAGGGUUUGGCGGGCAGCAAGGACAGCAAAUCCAACACGCACUACGCGAGCAACAAUUACUUGUUCAACAACGCCAGCAGCAACAACAACAGCUCCCUCCUCAUAUGCUCAAUCACCACCUCCAACCACACCAGCCAGCCCAGGGCAAUGGCCAACCGGACCUCAUGGCGUUACUCAUGGCAGGACAUCGCGACUAG